UAUUUUUUCUUUACAGAAGAGCCAGUCCCCCGAACACAAGUGGAAAGGAGGAAAACGAGUCCAUAUUUCUCAAGUAAAUACAGUAAAGAAGGUCCCAGCCCACCUAGAAGGAAAGCCUUCAGAAAAUGGACUCCUCCACGGUCUCCUUUUAAUCUGAUCCAAGAAACACUUUUCCACGACCCAUGGAAACUUCUUAUUGCAACCAUAUUUCUCAAUAAAACUUCAGGUAAAGUGGCAAUUCCUGUGCUGUGGGAGUUCUUUAAGAAGUAUCCUUCUCCUGAGAUAGCCAGGACUGCAGACUGGAAAGAAAUGUCAGAGCUACUCAAACCUCUUGGCCUCUACGAACUCAGAGCGAAAACCAUCAUCAAGUUCUCAGACGAGUACCUGAGCAAGCCGUGGCGUUACCCCAUCGAGCUGCACGGCAUCGGCAAGUACGGCAACGACUCCUACCGCAUCUUCUGUGUCGACGAGUGGAAGGAGGUCCAGCCGCAGGACCACAAGCUGAACGUGUACCACGCGUGGCUGUGGGAGAACCGGGAGCGGCUGAGCAUCAGCUGA